CAACCGCCCAUUUCCACUUCUCAUUGACCAACGUCAUUCUUCAAACCGACCCAGCGUCCACAAUUGCGAUACAUCCACGAUGGCUGGUACCAAGGCGCCUGAGCAGGCGCUUAAGGCUGCCAACAAACUGAAGCGCCGAGAGCUCUUUAUCGAGCACAAGAAGACCAAGGACAAGGAACGCCGAGAAAUGCGAUACCGCCGAAAGAAGGAAGAGGACCGCGAACCUGAGCUGAAGGACGCCCGUCUGGCGAAGCGCAAGCCUGUGACGCUCGACCAGAAGCGUGUGUGGGAUGACGUCGACGAUGACAGCCUUGGUGUGCAGGUGGACCUCGAGAAGCUGAAGCGUCGGCGCAUUGAGGAAGCCGAGGCAGCGGAGCAGGAGGCCCUCGAGGCUGCUGCGGACGACGACGACGACGACGAGGAUGAUGUCGACAGCAUGCUGGGCUCAGAUGAAGAGGAUGACGAGGCUCGCCAGGCUGCAUUGGAAAAGAAGCGAGAACGGAGAGCACGCCGUGACAACAGCGUUGCCCCAUCCACCACCAGCACAAACCUCGACCUAACACCCACGUCCUUGUCUGUCAAGUUCCCAACGCUCUUCUCCGACAUCCCUCCUCCCACGCCCAAAAUCCUCGUCACAACCUCCCUCAACUCCACCCUCCACGAAGAGGCACAUCUCCUUUGCGAGCUGUUCCCCAACAGCUCCUACAUUCCGCGCUCCGCCCACCGACACAGCCACAAGUACUCACUCAGGGAGAUUUGCAAGUUCGCUGCGAACCGGGAUUACACCGCUCUUGUGCUCCUCAAAGAGGACUCCAAGAAGCCCACGGCCCUGUCUGUUGUCCACCUCCCCUCAGGCCCGACCUUCCACUUUUCCAUCACCAACUGGGUCGAGGGCAAGAAGCUACCCGGUCACGGUAACCCUACGAACCACUACCCCGAACUUCUUCUCAACAACUUCAAGACUUCUCUUGGUCUCCUGACGGCCAAGCUCUUCAUGACCCUGUUUCCUCCCCGGCCAGAAUUCCAGGGGCGACAAGUCGUGACGCUGCACAACCAGCGUGAUUACAUCUUCGUCCGGCGGCACCGCUACGUCUUCCGAGACAAGCGAGCGACCGAGAAGAGCAUUGUUGGCGCUGACGGAAAGGAAGUGAAGGGUGUUGAGCAAAUCCGCGCUGGUCUACAGGAGUUGGGGCCUCGAUUUACUCUGAAGCUAAGGAGAGUGGACAAGGGCAUUGGACGAGCUGGCAGUGAAGGUGACGAUGCGACGCAAUGGGAAUGGAAGGCGAAGAUGGAGAAGGACCGCAAGAGAUUCAACCUGUAAAAUUCAGACUUUACCGAGGGUUUAGAAGCCUAGAUUACGAGCAAACAUUAAUGAUAUCCCCUGCAGUUGGGCGCUCACGUCAGAACACGAGUUUUGUUCUCUGGUAUUAUGUGAGAUUUGGUACUUGGAAACCGGAUGAUUCCGCGUU